AUGAUGAUGAUGAUGAUUCAACUUUCAACUCAUGGAUUUCCAGAAACUCUAGUCUCAGACAAUGGAAGCCAAUUCACUUCGUUGGAGUUCACAGAAUUCUGCAAGAAAAAUGGCAUUACCCACAUUCGCUCUCCACCCUACCACCGCACAGUCGGGAACGGACAAGUUGAAGAGAUUCAGUUGAAUACAUCAAGAGUGGAUUUGGAGGAAGCUGAAAGAGCUCUGGAAGGGAUAGCAAGAGAAGCUUUGCAGAAGUUCUUGAUGACCUAUCCGCAUCACUCCCUGUGA